UCACCGGAGCCCGAGUUCCUUUUUAUCUCCAGAGCCCGAGCCGCUCUCCCCAGGCCCACGGAUCCUGAUCGGACAGCGCCGCCCAGACAGCUUUGCCCAGCCUGCCCCAGGGAUGGAGUCCCUCCCUGAAGCAGUCCUGAUCCGAAUCCUGGCUUCCAUACCUGCGGUGGAUCUGGUGCUGGUGUGCCGCCUGGUCUGCUGCCAGUGGAAAAACCUGGUUGAUGGAGCUGCACUUUGGAUCCUGAAGUGUCAGCAGGAAGGCAUCACCAGAGAUGAGUCAGAUGCAGAGAACUGGCAAAACUUCUACUUCCUGAGUAAGAAAAGGAAGAAUCUCAUCAAGAACCCAUGUGGUGAAGAAGACUUGGAGCACUGGGGAGAGGUAGAGAAUGGAGGUGAUGGCUGGAAAAUUGAAGAGCUCCCAGGGGACUUUGGAAAAGAAUUUCCUAGUGAAGAAGUCCAUAAAUACUUUGUUACAUCUUAUGAGUGGUGUCGAAAGGCUCAGGUCAUUGACCUGAGGGCUGAGGGUUACUGGGAAGAGCUGAUGGACACAACCCAGCCUAAAAUCAUGGUAAGAGACUGGUAUGCAGGACGCAGGGAUGCUGGCUGCCUCUAUGAGCUGUGUGUGAAGCUGCUCUCUGAGAAUGAGGAUGUGCUGGCUGAGUACAAAAGUGAGACUGUCACCAUCCCACAGGAAAAUGAUGGCAGCUGGAGUGAGAUCUCCCACACCUUUUCCAGCUAUGGGCCUGGGGUCCGUUUUGUCCGCUUUGAGCACGGUGGCCAGGACACGCUGUUCUGGAAGGGCUGGUACGGUGUCCGUGUCACCAACAGCAGUGUGACAGUGGAGCCAUAGCUGUGCCUAACCAGGAUCUGCAUGCUGACUUCCCUCAGGGCAUCCCUUAGCCUUUGGAUGGUUUCUGCAUGGUGCUGCUUCUGGCUAUAAGGCCUUUCUGCAUAGGAACAUGCGUGCAAGAUGCCAGGAGCCACCACCCAUCCUUCCUCAAGAGGACUAUGCAAAGAAUGUGAAUGAAUUUGUGAAUGCACCACAAGACUCAGGCUCAGCCCUUGCACUGAUGUUCUCUGUCAGACAGGAGAUCACCUAAAAAUCCUGCAGACCUCCUCUCUUACGUCUCUAGUCCCCAGCACCCAGCCUGAGUCAGAUCUCUCUCCUGCCCACUUUUAGACUUGGGUACCCUUUAACUUGAAGGGAUACUUUAAGUUUAUUUUCUGAAAGCUAGUGUGGAAAGAAAAGAAUAAAGAAAACCACAGAUCAAAACAUAGCAGGGAAACCCAGAGCCUGUCCCCAGCUGUUUCCAUGAGCUGCAGUAAGAACCUUGGCUUCUCCCAUGUAUAAAUGGGUAACAUUGUUUAGCACAGAGGGCCUCUAGCUUGGCUGUCAAUGCUAUUAGUUUAAUUUUUAGUGAUAAUGCAAAGCAAGAGAUACUGAAUCCUUUUCUCUUACACUGUUCCCAGCAUGCAUUUAUCAAGGAAAGUGUUGGGAAGAGAAACCUGUCUGGUGUCCAACCCUGGGGCUUCAGUGAGCUCCCUCAGAUAGAUGGCAUCUGAGAAUAAUUGUUAAGGGAGAGAGAUGACAACAACUUAGGGGAAAGGGUUAGAAAAAAUUUGGGAUAGGGUCCAGGAACAAAUGAAAGCAAACUCAUUUACCCCUUCCUGGCCUCCGCAUGCUUCAUGCAACAAGCCUCCUGUCAAUCCAGUGUGACUCUGCUAGCAGGACACAGAAAGCUGUUGGCUUUUCCACCUCUACUGACUGUCUGCAAGCAGAACAUGUGUGCCUCGUGCUUGCUGACAGGACAGCACUUCAUUUCCCACUUGUGCUUCUUGAUAUCACUCAGGGCUGUGAGCCCCAUCCUGAACAGACCCCUAAGCUUUUCUGAACCAAGACUCUCCCUGCUAGUUAUUCCACUCAGAAGAGCAUCUCCUAACAGAGCUGGUGUUGCCUAGGGAGUGUAUUUAUAUUUUUAUAUCCAUCUGUCUUCCAUCCUGGGCUGCCAUUUAAGUGCCCCCCUUCAUGUGCAGUGACUGCUACUGCCUGCAGCCAAGGGAAAGAGCUUCCCACCUGGACACUGUGCCUGCUACUUCCUCAGGCUUCCUGCCCAGCUGCAGCCAGGUGCCACACACACACCAGAGUCCAGGCAAACAUAAUAAAGUGACA